AUGUUUCUGACAUUCAGGCAUAUUUGCAACAUUUCUGCCAAAUUGUUGUUCAGGUGGAGAAGUUGGAGCAUAUUUUUCCAAAAAAGAAGGGAUCCAUUCAUCAUUUUUAGGGGGCUUUUUGCAAGUUACACGUUUAAAUCUGCGAAUGUAAUUCCAUAUCAUGCUGACAGAAGGAUUAUGGCGAAUGGUACCUACAGUGGUGGGAGACCCCGUGUUCAAAAUGCAGAGAUCACAUUCAUC